UUGGAGAGAACCUUCUGAGCUGUCCAAAUUCAGGAUGGCGGCACCCUCCAGGGCCCUCCCAGCCUUGGCUGGCCAGGCUUCAGAGGAACAAGGGGAGAUUAUCAAAGUAAAGGUUAAAGAAGAAGACCGUGUUUGGGAUCAGGAAUCCUGCUUACAGAAGGAUUUGCCUCACACCGGGGAACUCGCUCGUCAGCGUCAGCGCUUCAGGCAGUUCUGCUCUCAGGAGACACCUGGACCCAGGGAGGCUCUGAACCAACUGCAGGAUCAAUGCCGGCAGUGGCUGAGCCCAGAGAUACACACCAAGGAGCAGAUCUUGAAACUGUUGGUGCUGGAGCAGUUUCUGACCAUUCUGCCUGAGGAACUCCAGGUUUGGGUCCAGGAGCAUAAUCCUGAGAGUGGAGAGGAGGUAGUGACUGUGCUGGAGGAUUUGGAGAGGGAGCUUGAUGAACUUAGACAGCAGGUCCCAUAGGGCACAUAUGGGCAGGAAGUUCCUAUGGAAGAAAUGAUUCCUCUGGAUACUACAAAGGAGUCCUUAGGUACUCAGCUCCAGUCUAUGGAAGACAGAAUGGAAUGUGAAUCUCCAGGGCCACGUACACUUCAAGACAAUGGGUCGUUUUUGUGGCUUUCCAUGAUGUCUCAAAGCAUGGGUGAUGAUAAUCUCAGUAGCUUAGAUACUAAUGAAGCAGAAAUUGAACCAGAAAACAUGAGAGAAAAAUUCUUCUGAAGCCUAGCAGUGUUACUGGAAAACAAAAGUAAUAAUACCAAGAUAUUUUCUAAAGCAAAGUACUGUCAAUUAAUAAGGGAAGUGAAAGAGGCUAAAGUUAAGGCAAAAAAGGAAUCUGUUGAUUACCGUCGCUUGGCUAGAUUUGAUGUGAUCCUUGUAAAAGGAAAUGAGAAGCUGAUUGAGGCUAUAAAUGGAGAAACAGAUAAAAUACAGUAUUAUUUACAUAGUGAGGACUUAUUUGAUAUUCUGCAUGAUACACAUCUUAGCAUUGGACAUGGUGGACGUACCCGUAUGGAAAAAGAGUUACAAGCAAAAUACAAGAACAUCACAAAAUAAGUAAUAAUGUUAUACUUGACACUCUGCAAACCAUGCCAACAGAAAAAUUCAAAACUCAAGAAAAUUCUAACAUCAAAGCCAAUUAAAGAAGUUAACUCAAGAUGCCAAGUGGAUCUUAUAGACAUGCAAUUGAAUCCUGAUGGGGAGUUUAAAUUUAUAAUGCAUUAUCAAGACCUUCGUACAAAGUUGAGUUUUUUGCAAUCGUUAAAAUCUGAAAGACCUAAGGAAACUGCACAUGCUCUUUUAGAUAUUUUCAUAAUUAUUGGAGCACCCAGUGUCCUACAGUCUGACAAUGGGAGGGAAUUUUCAAAACAGAUUGUCAGUGAACUUAGUAAUAUUUGGCCAGAAUUGAAAAUUGUCCAUGGGAAGCCUCAGCCCUGUCAAAGCCAAAGUUCUGUAAAUCAAAUUAAUGAGGAUAUCCAGAGUAGGAUUAUGUCCUGGAUGCAAACUAACAAUUCAUCACACUGGGCUGAAUUUUUGUGGUUCAUUCAGAUGACCCGAAAUCAACCCUAUCAUAGAGGCAUGCAACAGACUCUCUGUGAAGCUACAUUUAGCUCUGAAGCUAAACUGGGCCUGUGUCAUUCUCAGUUAACUGAAGAAUUUGUUGCUGGCCUGAGCAAAGAAAAUGAAUUAGAACAGGCCAACAAAGAAUUAGAAAACAGUCUGCGAGCCCAGUAUGAAGAACACAUUGAGACCGGAACAGAUAGCAGUGAUGUAGAAGAGAAUCUUUCUACUAUUCCUGCAGUGGCCAAAAAAAACUCUCCUGGAAACAGACUAAAAUUUUUAUCCUGUGUAGUUUGUGAAAAAGAACGUGCAGGUGCCAAUAGUUGUAUAUCAUGUGAUAGAAAUGUCCAUGCAAUCUGUGGAGUGUCCUGUCAACCUGAAACUGAGAACUAUCAUCACAGAAUAACAUGUAGUCUUUGCUAUGAGACCACUACAAUGAAAAGGAAGCAUGAUGAGAUUCAAAGUUUAACUGUUCAACCUUCCAAAAUGCCAAAGCCAUCACAGACACCAUUUUCAUCAGACAAAGGAGAUUGGAUGGCGAAACAAGCUUCACUAGACUUUUGUAUCAAGAAAAGACAUACCUUUUCUGACUACCACAGUCGUAGGAAAAGAAAUGAAAACAAUGGAAGUCAUCCUGAAGAAGUGAAAGCCAAAAGAGUUCAUACUAGUUUUACUCGGAAGUAUGAUCCCUCAUAUGUUGAGUUUGGUUUUGUAGUCAUAAUUGAUGGGGAAGUGCUAAAAUCACAGUGUAUUAUUUGUGGAGAUGUACUGGCUAAUGAGGCAAUGAAACCAUCAAAACUUAAGCGACAUUUAUAUUCAAAACAUAAAGAAGUAAGUUCACAACCAAAAUAAUUCUUUGAAAGAAAGAGUAGUGAAUUAAAAAGCCUACCAAAACAGGUAUUCAGUGUUUCUCAUAUAAACAUUAGUGCCUUGCGGGCUUCUUAUAAAGUAGCACUUCCAGUUGCUAAGUCUAAAACACCAUACACAAUUGCCGAGACACUUGUGAAAGACUGCGUCAAAGAGGUUUGCUUGGAAAUGUUGGGUGAAUCUGCAGCAAAGAAGGUAGCUCAAGUACCACUUUCCAAUGACACCAUAGCUCGACGUAUUCAGGAACUGGCUAAUGAUAUGGAAGACCAACUCAUACAACAAAUAAAACUAGCAAAGUAUUUUUCAUUGCAACUUGAUGAAUGCAGAGAUAUUGCUAACGUGAUAAUUAUUUUAGUAUAUGUAAGGUUUGAACAUGAUAAUGAUAUAAAGGAAGAAUUCUUUUUUUCAGCCUCUUUGCCAACAAACACAACGAGCUCAGAACUGUAUGAAGCUGUGAAAAAUUACAUUGUCAACAAAUGUGGUUUGGAAUUUAAAUUUUGUAUAGGAGUGUGUUCUGAUGGUGCAGCUUCAAUGACGGGAAGACAUUCUGAAGUGGUUACCCAGAUUAAGGAACUGGCGCCAGAAUGUAAAAUAACACAUUGUUUUAUUCAUCGAGAAAGUCUUGCUAUGAAAAAAAUAUCAGCUGAACUAAAUAGUAUGCUUACUGACAUAGUAAAAGUUGUGAAUUAUGUGAAAUCUAAUGCAUUAAAUUCAAGAUUAUUUUCUUUAUUAUGUGAUAAUACGGAAGUUGAUCAUAAGCAACUGUUAUUGCAUGCUGAGAUACGAUGGUUAUCACGGGGAAAAUUUCUAUCAAGAAUGUUUGAAAUAUGAAAUGAGCUCUUAGUAUUUCUGCAAAGCAAGAAACCAGUUUGGUCCCAACUUUUCAAAGCUGUGAAUUGGACAGCCAGACUUGCUUAUUUAUCUGAUAUCUUUAGUAUUUUUAAUGACCUUAAUGUUUCAAUGCAAGGAAAGAAUACAACAUGUUUUUCAAUGUCAGAUAAGAUUGAAGGACAAAAACAAAAGUUAGAAGCUUGGAGAAACAGAGUUUCUACAGAUUGUUAUGAUAUGUUCCAUAAUUGAACAACAUUUAUCAAUGAAGUAGGUGAUCUUGAUAUUGCAUACCUGAGAAAAGUUAUCAACGAACAUCUUACAAAUUUGUUAGAUUGUUUUGAAUUGUAUUUUCCUUCAAAUGAAGAUCCACGCAUUGGAAAUUCAUGGAUCCAAAAUCCAUUUCUUUCAUCAAAAGAUAAUUUAAAUUUAACUAUAACCCUACAGGAUAAGUUGUUGAAGCUGGCUACUGAUGAAAGAUUGAAAAUGAAUUUUGAAAAUACAGCAUCACUUGCUUCAUUUUGGAUAAAAGUUAAAAAUGAAUAUCCUGAGCUUGCUGAGGCUGCUUUAAAAUCUCUUCUUCUCUCAACAUACCUCAGUGAGACUGGGUUCUCUACUUUAAGUGUUAUUAAAACAAAACAUAGAAACAGCUUAAAUAUACAUCAUCCUCUGAGAGUAGCAUUGUCAUCAAUCCAACCUAGAUUAGACAAAUUAACAAACAAGAAGCAAGCUCAUUUAUCACAUUAAAAACUUUAAAUAUUGAUACAUAAGAUGUUCAUACAAA